AUGAGGCCUGAGAACACCACCUUUGUAACAGAGUUCAUCUUGAUGGGUCUCUCCAGCCGUCGCAAGACUCAGAUUCUGCUCUUUGUGGUGUUCUUCCUUAUGUACUUGGCUACUAUUGUGGUGAACCUGCUGAUCAUAAUACUUGUGCGGGCCGACCCAUGCCUCCACCGACCCAUGUACUUCUUCCUCACCCAUCUUUCUGGUCUUGAGAUCUGUUUUGUCACGACCACCAUGCCGCAGAUGCUGGCUCACCUGAUAACUGGAAAUGGGGCUAUCUCCUUCACCCGGUGUGCAGCCCAGAUGUAUGCGACUACAUGCCUGGGAUGCACCGAAUACCUUCUUCUAGGUGCCAUGGCCUAUGACCGCUGUUUGGCCAUUUACAACCCCCUGGCAUAUGCAGCCGUUAUGAGCAGGAAACGCCAAUGGCAGCUCACCUCAUCUUCCUGGGCAGCUGGGUUUCUCCUCGCUUCACUCAAUGUGACCGGCACUAUUUCCCUCCCCUUUUGCGGGAGCAACCGCAUCAACCACUUCUUCUGUGAGCAGCCAGUUGUGUUUAAAUAUACGUGUAAAGAAGCCCGCUACACAGAGCCCAUUAUUUUAAUGGUGUCUACGUUGAUCCUUGUGGGUCCCUUUUUUGUUAUCCUAACCUCCUAUGGUCUUAUUCUCUACUCUGUGUUUUGGAUGCCAUCAAGGGUUGGAUGGAGAAAGGCACUUUCCACUUGUACCUCCCAUCUGGUGGUGGUCACCCUCUUCUACAGUACCCUCAUCUUUAUGUACGUGCGACCUGGUGUGGAUGCAGUUAUUGAUCGUGACAAGCAAACCGCCAUCCUUUACAUAGUGGUGACACCCAUGCUCAAUCCCAUCAUUUAUAGCUUGCGGAACAAAGAGAUCCACAGGGCAGUGGUCAAGGUAUUGAGAAGACCAGGGUUGGGACAAAAGAACUGA